ACAGCGGGCACCGCGUCAUCUGGCAAGGCAGUGGUCUCCGAGUCAACAGGCCCGACAGUGGGCACCGGGUCAUCAGGUACCGGAUUGUCUGGCUCGACAGCGGGCAUCGGGUCAUCAGGUAUGACAGCGGACACUAGGUCACCAGGCAUCAGGUCAUUUGGCUUGCCAGCGGGCACCGCGUCAUCUGGCAAGGCAGUGGGCACCAAGUCACCAGGUACGACAGCGGGCUCUGAGUCAAUUGGCACGACAGCGGGCACCGGAUCAGGUACCGGAUCAUCUGGAUCAACAGCGGGCAUCGAGUCAACUGGCCUAAUAGGAUCAGAGGCAUCAGGCCGAGUACAGGCAUCAGGCCGAGUACAGGCAUCAGGCCGCGUAGAGGCUUCAGGCCGCAUAGAGGCUUCAGGCCGCGUAGAGGCUUCAGGCCGAGUAGAGGCUUCAGGCCGAGUACAGGCAUCAGGCCGAGUAGAGGCUUCAGGCCGCGUAGAGGCUUCAGGCCGAGUAGAGGCUUCAGGCCGAGUAGAGGCUUCAGGCCGAGUAGAGGCU